AUGACAGAAAAAUUCGAUUCGGUACUAUUAAUAGGUGGUUCAGGUUUCUUAGGUCUACAUUUAAUCCAAAAAUUUUAUGACAUGACUCCAAGACCCUCGAUCAAUGUAUUCGAUGUGAGACCACUACCUGAAAAAUUAUCAAAACAAUUCACUUUCAAUCCAUCGGAUAUCAACUUCUACCAAGGUGAUUUAACUUCCUUCAACGACGUCAAUCAUGCAGUUCAAUCAAGCCACGCUCAAGUAAUCGUUCAUUCUGCAUCCCCAAUGCAUGGUCAACCUUCUGAGAUUUAUGAAAAAGUAAACGUCCAAGGGACACGUAAUGUUCUUGAUGUAUGUUCGAAAAAUCAUUUCGUUAAAUUAUUAGUAUAUACUUCAUCAGCAGGUGUCAUUUUCAAUGGACAAGAUAUUCAUAAUGGUGAUGAAACUUGGCCUAUCCCUGAAGUACCUAUGGAUGCAUAUAAUGAAACAAAAGCCAUUGCCGAAGAUAUGGUAUUAAAAGCUAAUUCAAUGGAUACCGAAGAGGGAGGUGAUGGAUUCUAUACAGUAGCUUUAAGACCUGCUGGGAUCUUUGGGCCUGGUGAUAGACAAUUAGUACCUGGGUUAAGAACUGUUGCAAAAUUAGGUCAAUCGAAAUUCCAAUUGGGUGAUAAUAAUAAUUUGUUUGAUUGGACUUAUGCUGGUAAUGUGGCUGAUUCUCAUGUUUUAGCGGUACAAAAAAUUUUAAACCUACAGAAUAAUAAUGAUAAUAAUGAAGUUAGUACAAAAGAUUAUAAUAGAGAUGUUGUGUCAAAAAUUGCUGGUCAAACUUUUUUCAUUACAAAUGAUACACCUACUUAUUUUUGGUCAUUAGCAAGGACAGUUUGGAAAGCUGAUGGUCAUAUCGAUAAGAAAGUUAUUGUUUUGAAAAGACCCGUUGCAAUCUUGGCAGGUUAUCUUUCUGAAUUCUUUUCUAAAUUGUUAGGUAAAGAACCAGGGUUAACACCUUUCAGAGUGAAGAUCGUUUGUGCAUCUCGUUAUCAUAAUAUUGAAAAGGCAAAGACCUUAUUAGGUUAUAAGCCAAAUGUAGAUAUUGAACAAGGAAUUAAAAAUACUUUAGCAUGGAUGGAUGAAGGUUUAUAA